UGGCCUGAGUUCCUCGCUUCGCACACCAAUCAGACAGACCCCUCCGCGCGCCCCGCGAUGCCGGCCGACCAGACGCACGCGCACGAGCCCGACAACGGCGGGGGUCGCGUCGCGAACCACUCCAACCACCGGACCCACUCGCCGCCGCCUAGGCCCCCCGCGCUCCCCGCGGAGGUGGUGCCGGCGUACCCGCCCCCGGAGUCGGAGGACGACGAGACCUGGGUCUGGACCCAGAUCAAGGCGGAGGCCCGCCGCGACGCGGACGCGGAGCCGGUGCUCGCGUCGUUCCUCUACGCCACCGUGCUCUCCCACCCCUCCCUGCCGCGGUCCCUCUCCUUCCACCUCGCCAACAAGCUCUGCUCCUCCAUCCUCCCCUCCACGCUCCUCUACGACCUCUUCGUCGCCACCCUCACCGCGCACCCCUCCCUCCGCGCCGCCGUCGUCGCCGACCUCCUCGCCGCGCACUCCCGCGACCCCGCCUGCGUCGGCUUCUCGCACUGCCUCCUCAACUACAAGGGCUUCCUCGCCAUCCAGGCCCACCGCGUCGCGCACGUCCUCUGGGCGCAGGAGCGCCGCCCCCUCGCGCUCGUGCUCCAGUCCCGCAUCGCCGACGUCUUCGCCGUCGACAUCCACCCGGCGGCCGUCGUCGGGAAGGGCAUCCUCCUCGAUCACGCCACCGGCGUCGUCAUCGGUGAGACCGCCUUCGUCGGUGGCAACGUCUCGAUCCUCCACCACGUCACCUUGGGUGGCACUGGGAAGGCGGUGGGCGACCGGCACCCAAAAAUUGGGGAUGGCGUGCUGAUUGGCGCAGGAGCCACGAUUAUUGGCAACGUGAAGAUUGGUGCCGGGGCUAAGAUUGGGGCUGGGUCGGUGGUGCUGAAAGAUGUGCCGGCGAGGAGCACGGCGGUGGGGAACCCUGCAACUGCAAGGAUGAUCGGUGGGAAGGAGGCCGAAGGCGAGGACGAGGACAUGCCGGGGGAGUCCAUGGAUCACACGUCCUUCAUACGGCACUGGUCGUACACCAUUUGAGAGGGAUUUUCCGAGGUUUAUUACUCUUCCUCUGUACCAUCUGUAGUCUUGAUGUACCAAAUAGUGAUGUACUGCUAUGAGUUGUGUGCUUUGGUUUUGUUUGCAACAAACUGUAUUGUAGAGGUGUAGUGUUUGUGAUCAAACGUUUUGUCAGUUGAAUGUGCCAUGCUCUGAUGCUCAGAUACUGAUAAAUUGUGAUGAAUAAAGUUUGUGUAUCCAU